GUUUCUCCCUGCCCGUGGGGUUGCUCAAUCGGGAGCGUCCCCAGCGCUUCCCCGCCGCCGGCUCCGGCCACCCGGCUGUCGGCCUGCAGCCGGCCAGCAUUCCCUCUCUCGGGGCCGGUUUCCGGAGAGUCAGACUGAGCUCUCUUACAGCUGCAGCAACCGGCUGUUUGUAAAAAUGAAAUGUGCCGGCCGUAUCCAAGUUCCGGGAAAUCAGAGAUCAAACACGCUCCGUGCUUUGGCAGGAGCGAGGCCCGGUUAACAUUGUAUCACGCCUCGGUCACGUGCCUCUCCUAGGUCACUUAGUGACCCCGACGAGCGAGACUGACAACCGGUCGAAGCAACAUUGUUGGGAUAUGUAUCAACUUGGAGAAGGAGACUUUGACCCGGGCUUGGGAAGGUGAAGGGUGAUUUCCUGAGUCAGUGUGUGUGUUUUAAGUAGGUUGGUGCUGAUUUGGGGAAGCUCACUCCGUGUCUAUACAUAUUAAAAUGUACCCACAGAAGCUGGGGAUACAGAGUCUUUGUCCAGGGACUUCAGGAGCAGUCUCAUGGAAAAUAUUCUGUCCCGUUGUCUCUUUUCAUUCUUAAUCCUGAGGAUUCAACUUUUAAAAACGGAGUUGCCCCAGCCCUGCUUGCAGAGACUCCCAUUCAAGAGGAGUGAGCGGGGCCUAGGACUCUGAUUCGUUGAGCUGGUCCUAGGUGUUUUCGAAGUAUACCCAGGACUGAAAAUACCCCAACCCACCUGCAUGCUCCUGAGUUUUGAUGAUUGGUUACAUUGUGUACUGGAAAAAAACACCUCUGGAGAGAGUGGCUUUGACGCCGUUUCAUUUGUCACGGUCUCUUGUGUUUGUGAGUCAGGAAGAGCCCCUGCAGCAACUCCUUCUCUUUCUCUUCAGGGCCUUGGAAUUACUUGCUAGGAGUGUCACCUCCCUGCCACCCAGACUGUCAUGGCAGCUCGCCUGGUGAAGCGGUGCGCUUGCCUACUGAGAGAGGCCACUCGUCUGGCCCCUGCUGGGUCUCCAGUUGGCCGACUGAGACUGGCCAGGGUGGCCCAUAGGACUCUGACUUCCUCAGCUACCUCACCCAGUUCCCACUUCCCAGGUUCCUUGUCACAGCACGUGGAGAAGGAACAGGUGUUUACUCCCUACCCAGAGCGCCAGGAGGUGGAUGCGCUCAUCGAGAAGGCCACCCAGCCCGAGGAGCUCCUGGAGCUGCUUGGUGGUGGCCACUGCCUGCACCAGAACAAUGCGGCCCUCGCACUCAUCAAGCUCUCUCGCCUGCUGUCCGAAAAGCCAGAGGACAAAGCCUUGCUUAUACAGGAUGCCCGCUUUCAGCAACUUCUCCAUCUUGUCAACAGUCAGAUAACUGGGGUCUGGCACGGGACCCUCGUGAAGCUGCUCCGGAGCCUCUAUGCGCUGGGGCUCUCCCAAGCCUCCAAGGAGCUGCGGUCUGUGGAGCAGGAGGUGCGCUGGCGCAUGCGCAGGCUCAAGUACAAGCACCUGGCCUUCCUGGCUGAGUCCAGCGCCACCUACAUGCAGGGGCAGGGCUCCCAGGAGCUGCUGGCUGAGCUGCUUGUGAGCCUGGAGCGGCGCUGGGUGGAAAUCGAGGAUGGCCGCACUCUGGUGGCCAUCAUGACGAAGACUGGGCACCUCUCGGAGUCUCUGAUGAACCACCUGGAGGACAAGUGCCUGGAGCUGGUGGAGCAGUUUGGCCCUGAUGAGCUGCGGAAGGUGCUGGUGGUGCUGGCAGCUCAGAACCGGCGGUCGGUGCCCCUGCUGCGGGCCAUCUCCUACCACCUGGUCCAGAAGCCCUUCCCCCUGACCAAAGGUGUCCUCCUGGACCUGGCCUAUGCCUAUGGCAAACUCGGCUUCCACCAGACCCAGGUGUUCCAGCGCCUGGCCUCUGACCUGCUGCCCCACACACCCAGCCUCACGUCCGGCGAGGUGGCCCGCUGCACCAAGUCUUUCGCCUUCCUCAAGUGGCUCAACCUGCCCCUGUUUGAGGCUUUUGCCCAGCAUGUCUUGAAUAGAGCUGAGAGCAUCGCCAUGCCCGACCUCUGCAAUGUGCUCCUGGCCUUCGCCCGCCUGAACUUCCAUCCAGAGCAAGAGGAUUCGUUCUUCAGCCUGGUGCAUGAGAAGCUGAGGUGUCAGCUGGCAGGCCUGGACCCCGCCCUGCAGGUGGACGUGCUGUGGGCCCUGUGUGUGCUGCAGCAGGCCAGGGAAGCCGAGCUCCGUGCUGUGCUGCGCCCCGAGUUCCACACCCAGUUCCUAGGUGAUGAGUCCCCGAAGGGUCAGAGCACCUUUCAGAAACUGCUUCACAUCAAUGCCACUGCCCAGCUGGAGCAUCCUGAGUACACAGGCCCCCUGUUGCCGGCCUCAGCCUUGGUGCCCAAGCCCUUGGCCCUUGACAGGAAGGCGACGCCCCUGCAGAAGGAGCUGCAGGAGACCCUGAAGGGGGUGCUGGGCAGCGCCGACAGGGCCCGCCUCACGGUGGCCACGCGUCAUGGCUGGGUCCUGGAUGCUGAGGUGCUACUGGAUGCCGAAGGCCAGUUCCUGCCCCUGAGAGACUUUGUGGCCCCACACCUUGCCCCGCCUUCUGAGGGCCAGCCCCUGCCCCCCAGGGCUAAGAGGCUGGCCUUCCUGCGCUGGGAGUUCCCCAACUUCAACAGCCGGAGCAAAGACCUACUGGGGCGUUUCGUGCUGGCCCGGCGCCAUGUGCUGGCUGCUGGCUUCCUAGUAGUGGAUGUCCCGUACUACGAGUGGCUGGAGCUCAAGUCUGAGUGGCAGAAAAGUGCCUAUCUCAAGGACAAGAUACGGAAAGCGGUGGCAGAGGAGCUGGCCAAGUGACCUGCC